AUGGCUAUGCUUCAGUUGCUAGUCAGACCUAUCUUUUCUCCUUCGAGUUCUAUUAUUGAUUUCAAUGAAAAAGAAGAAAGCAUAAAGAUCAGCGGAUAUCUUGGAAUGGCAUGGUAUGAUGAUUUUCUCAAAUGGAAUCCAACAGACUACGGAGGACUGGGUCGUCUUUUAUUUAUUCUGGAGGCAACGUGUGACGUAGACAUCACAUAUUUCCCGUUCGACACACAGGAAUGUCCUCUCAAAUUUUCCGCUUGGAGCUAUACUAUCGAUGAAGUAAUAAUGAUUGAAGGAGAGAAAGGCAUCAUUACUGAACAGUUUGAAGAAAAUUCAAGAUGGUCGCUGGUUAACACAACAGUUGAGGAAGUCAAAGGUGUUGAUGCCAUGGUUAUUUUCAAGAUGAAACUGAAGCGAAAGUCAACAUUUUACGUGUUCAAUAUACUCAUCCCCAUGGUUCUACUUUCGUUUUUAAACGUCCUCACAUUUGUACUUUCGGUACAGUCUGGCGAGCGCGCUUCCUACGCUGUCACAGUGUUCCUGUCUUUGGCCGUGUUUCUAACAAUAGUAGCGUCUGAGAUUCCAAAAAACUCCAACACCAUCUCCAUCGUCUCAGUUUACAUGACGGCAGUGCUAGCACUAAGCAUUGCUACUGUGAUGACGUCACUGUUAGAAUUGCGACUGGCGUCCCGAGCUAAGGACAAGGACUUAAUCAGCUCAGGAUAUAUGAUCCUGGAGGCUACGUGUGACGUUGACAUCACAUAUUUCCCGUUCGACACACAGGAAUGUCCUCUCAAAUUUUCCGCUUGGAGCUAUACUAUCGAUGAAGUAGUAAUGAUUGAAGGAGAGAAAGGCAUCUACUUGAAAGAAUUUGACGAAAAUUUAAGAUAG